UUUUGUUGACUUUAAUCCAUCGAGAGUGUGGUCAAAGUAAACGGUCAGAUGGAGGUCUGAUGGUUGCCAUGACAGCGCUGCCUGACCUUCCGGUGACUUUAACCGUGUCUGCUGCUGGCGCGUGGUGCAAGAAAGUGACAAAGUCUGCUCUGCAGGAUGUUAUUGAAAGACUUGCUGUGCGUGUCCCACCUUGUGAAUGCAUACAUCAAGAAGAACUCCAAACGUUCGCAGACAGUUUUGGGUGUUUGUUGUUCACUUAUUCUUUUCAUGGAGGAAUUAGCAGUGAAAUGAUGGAGGCUGACCAGACAAAGAUUCAAAUGUUUCUCCAUAGACUCAGUGUGGUACAUGCUCAGGUCAGAAUGACGUUCGAGAUUAGGACCGACUCCAAGAAAGACCAGCUAAUUUUUAGGGGAGAAACAGGAAGUAAAGUUUCAGUGAUGGAUCACAGCAUUUCUUUGGACAGUGCUGCAUUUGGACAGAGCCCAUUCUCUGUACAGUGUCUCCUAUCCUGUCCCAAAGCCCACCCCGUAUUAGGAGACACAUUCAGUUGUGUUCUCACCACUGACGCAAUCGGAGAAGGGUUGUGUGGGGAAAUGAGGAUGGCUACCAUGGCAACACUUACACCUUGUAUGGAUCAGUAUCCCAACUGGCCGACUCGCCUGUCGUGCAUACAGAUGCUAGUGUACAGUCCAUGCGGCAUGCCUCUAAUACACCAUAGACAUAUGACUUUCCUCCAGGACUUGGCUACAUCACUGUCUUGGGCUGAUCUUGCCAUUUCUGAAGUAUCCUGCAUGGAAGCACAAACCAUUGAGGGCUCCUUGUGUUCCGAAAUAAAGUUUUCUGUAGAUUUCUGUCAUCAGAAUGAGGAAUCGGGAUGUAGCAGCUCUGUACACCAGAACUCUGAGCCAGAAUGGAGCCAUGCUGUAGAGCAGAUUCUUACUCUAUUCAUUUUCACUCAAUACACCGACGCUUUCCACUCCCAGGUUUCGGACUUCAUAAGUAGUGAGGAGGCUUUAGAGAGUCAUUUGGAUUCAGUGCUUUGGUACAACGGGGAUCAAGUUAGGGCAGAUCUGCAGACUACACUUAGAAGCACACUGAAGGGUUUCCAGAAAAGACAAAAUGCCAGGCAGAGGUUGCAGUCCACCCUAACCACUGUCUUGAGCUCAGUGAGCAGUAUAAUUGCCAGUAGCAGCAAUGCAAAGUUUCGAAAAACAUGCUAUGACAGCAUGAGGGUCACGAACACUUGCGAGUUUCGUGUAUCUCUACAACGAUCUCUUCAAACUGUCAUGGAUGGCCGCUUUGCUCCCAGGCGCAUGUGUACUAAUGAAAAGGUCUUUUUUUUAAUUCCUUCAGAUUAUUUAGGGGAUCAUGAAUCAUUCGUUGCAUCAGUAUCCCAGUCUUAUUUUAAAAGAGAUUGUGUUGAUUCAUCCUUUGUUUCAGAUUUUGAAAACCCACCAGGCUUUUCUCCUAAGAGGAAUGACGGUGACGUUGGAUCAUCAUGCAGUAUCCCUAAGAAGAGACGGUGCUCACAGUUCCCUGAAACUUCAGAUACUUUCAUGAAUGUAAUGAAUUCAGACGUCUUUGAGGCAUCAGACAUUCAGAGACGCCCCCUGUCACCUAUACAACUUCCUCAAAGUCAGCAAGCCAAAAUGACCCAAGACAUGCCCUCAGUUCCCUCCCUGACUAAGCUGACUAAACGGAAAAAUAAACAGGUAGAGAAGCAGUGGCUUCAAGAGCUUGAAAACUUUUCUGAAUGGGACUGAGAUCUCAGACAGACUUUCUCUGGCUCUCUUUUGUUGUUCUUUUCAUGUCAUCUUUGAAAAGAUUUGUUAGAAGUUGUAAAUUCUUUCUCGUAUAUGUCUGUUUAGGAUACAGUACUAAGUAUGUUACAUUUUUAUUCAAAGUAUAUAUAUAAAUACAUAUUUAAUUUUAUGCCACAUGGAACAAUAAAAUGUAUAUGUUGGUGCAUCAUAUAAAAUAAUGUAAAAUAUUGGAUACAUUGAAACAAUUGUGAUGUGUGAACAAUUGCACAUCCCUGAAUCCGCAACUAAA